UGUUGUUGUAUAAAGAAUGGUUUGCGACUGAACCGGAUAAAAAAAAUGGUUUGCGACUGAACCGGAUGCAAAUUCACAAUUUGCGGUUGAACCGGCUUUCGCCAUUUGGGUUCUAAUCUUAUCUUGACAACAUUUCUUGCUUCUCUAAUUUGCGCCAAAAGAAAAAUGGAUAUGUCGCUUGCGUUAUCGACGGCACCAAUGAGUAGGACGAUUAUCUCUGCCACGAGGCGGUCCCAAGUUUCACAACCUAAAGCUAAGAAAGUCAAGCCGGCGAAUAAGCGGCCAACGAUGUCGACAAGCGGUUUCUCCGGCGGAACGACAAAGGAGUUGACUUGGAAGUGCGUAGAAGGUUGUGGAGCUUGCUGUAAGAUUGCAAAGGACUUUUCCUUUGCAACACCUGACGAAAUCUUCGACAACCCUGAUGAUGUUGAGCUGUAUCGAAGCAUGAUCGGAGAUGAUGGAUGGUGUCUAAACUACGACAAAGCUACACGCAAAUGCUCUAUUUAUGCUGAUCGUCCAUAUUUUUGUCGGGUUGAGCCAGAGGUUUUCAAGUCACUCUACGGGAUUGAAGAAAAGAAAUUCAACAAGGAAGCUGUCAGCUGCUGCAUUGACACAAUUAAGACGAUAUACGGCCCUGAUUCCAAAGAAUUGGAUAGCUUCAACCGUGCCAUCAGAAGUAAUCCGAGCUCGAGUUGAUUAGUCAGAUAAACUCAAAGGAAGGUACUGAUUCAGUUCUUUUCUUCGUAAUACAUACCUUAGAGUUCCCCUCAAUGCAUUUGUGGAUUAGAAUGUGUACAAUAAAUAGCCUUAUAGUAUUGGAAAAUUUUGGGAUUAUUUUUGACUGAGAUUACUAAAGUAUGUGGAAGAGAAGCAAAUACCAAAAGACAAAAAGUGAGAUCCUACUGUCAAUCCUCUUCCCUAAUAUAAGCUGCAAAAUUCAUGAAACACCAAAAGUCUUUAUGCAAAACAAAUCGUGGACGAACCUUCUUAAAACAUGUCAUAUCACAGGGUCAAGUCCAAGUUCAUCUUCAGGUUCAUCACUUUCCUCAAAUAGCUGCAUAAACCGAGCUUGAUCUCGCUGCUUCUUCAUCCUUUGCGUGUGCUUAAACAUAAAAACGCCUCCAACCACAACAAGCGUUGUACACAAAACGCCUGCUAUGAUCGCUAUCAUGAAUGUUAACCCGUUAUAUCCUUCCUCUUGCGGACUUGAAGCAGCUACUGCUUUAGAAGAUACUACACACAUUUUGUUGCAUACAAUUCAUAUAUGUUACUCAUCAUCAUAUCUUUUCGUUUCUUUUGACAGGAAACAGAAAUAAGGAAAUUAGUUAUUACUCACCGGAGUGGAACUUGGCGCAACCGUGGCAGACAAAAGUAGCAUUAAUCUCCUUUUCUUUAAAAUGCAUAUAAACUUGGCUAGCAGAGAAAUCAGUGGGACAAACUUCCCAUACAUCGAACUCUUUGUCUGAAACGAGGCUGCCUUGCUCAUAGAUUCCGCAUCGUUUACACUUUUCGCCACCAAUUCCAGUCAUAGGCUGUAACAGGCAAUAGAGUGAAGAACAUAUAUGUAUUUAUCCAUGUUAUUAAUAGAUUGUAGUAAUGAACGGAUGUAAAAGAGAUUUGGGACUAGCCUGCCAUGAUUCUUGACCGCGGAAAGUGUACAAGACACCUGUUUUGGUAACGUCUGGAAGAACAGUUUUGUUCUCUCCAUUGCAUUGAAAGUAGACCGUAUGUUUGAGCUUGAACCAGUCGUGCUUUGUGAAUAUCUCAAUAGAGUUGAG